AUGGCGUAUGACAAAGGCGAGCAAGUUUUCAGUGGCUUGCCCAUCGGCCCACCAGGCCAUCCGCUUCUGCUCACGUUGUCGCUUGACAUUGUCAGCCCUGAGCCGCGGAGUUGUUUGACAGUCCACGGCCUGACUCCACGAUUCCGCGGGGCAGGAUGCGAAUGUCAAGGAUUUGGCGAUGGCACUCCAUUGGAGCCAUUGGAGCAACUGCAGGUCCAUGCGGAAGUGCCAUUGGUGUCACGGACGUGGUCUUGGAUGUACAGGCCAUCUAUGGAAAUCUGUGCCAGCACGGCCAGGAGGAAAUGCAGGGCACACAGCGCACCGCCACGCCAAUGUCAUCGUCACAAGCCCCACCUGCUUGAGUGCCCAUUGGUGUCUAUGGAUGGUUUCUGUGAGGACAUCAUCAAAACUUUAGAGGGAGCCUUGCCGAUCUCUUCUCUGGAUGCGGUUCACACCGAUGCACUUGUGCAGCUCAUUUCAGUCAUGAAAGCACAGAGCCUGCAGCCAGAUUGGGGUGCAAGCUGCGACUCGCGGAGCCUAUCUCCGGCCGAGAUUGCGGGCCUGUAUUUCGACAUCGGCCUCCAAAUAUCAUCCCUGCAAUGUCGGGAUGAUUGGACUCAGACACAAGCACCUGUAGACAUAACACGUGCAAUCCGACAGGCAUUCACGACGGCUUCGUCAUGUCUGAUGCACGGGACGCUGUUGCGCGAGUGCUCGUGCCAAGAAUGCCCACUCGAUGCCUUUCGCAACAAUGUCGUCAGACGCUUGGUGGAUGUUGCGCGAGGCUUGGGCACUCAAAGCACUCAGCGGCCGAGCACCCCUGUUGGGUUUCGUAAUUUGUCUCUGAGGCCAUUGGACUGGGCAUACAAUGUGGCAGCAAAAAUCCAUUCCAUUGCGGCAGGCAGACUGCAAGCAGAGCAGGCACCAUCCAUUUUCGGCAGCUUGCAGUGUUCCAACAGCAGCCUUCAAUUUUCAAAGUCUGCCAGCGCUGGUAGUGCUGGAAUCGCAACAGGCGGAACAUUUCACAGUCCAAACGUCAGUUCAAAGGGCUUUCGGCCGAUCAGCGCCAGUUCACAUUCGCCUUCGCAUCUCAGUGGUCCAUCGCAACAGCCGGUUCCAGAUCAUUCCAGCCACGCAGCUGUGCGUGCGCACUUGCGGAAUAUUCUGGGACAGGCUGUUCUAAACGGGCGCUUGCAAGAAGAGCUCCGCAGCACGGGCCAUACAGGCCUAGACUUGGAGUCCGGGGCUGCAGAGUCGCCUGAAAUGCGACCAGCUUGCUUCUCAAACGCAGAGUCACAUGCGGCAGUGCCGGCAUUGGUGCUACCUGGCAUUUUAGACAUGGAGGCCGAGAUUGUGCAAGAUGUGGAGGGCAGGGAGCCUGAGAGUCCUGAGGAUGUUUCCAGCCCAGCCAUCCUUCCCCAAUGUGCUCCAGUCACACAGCCAAGGAGCUGUGCAAACAUCACGCCCGAAUGCAGUGAUGCGGCACAUGCGCCAGUGCCAUGCGCACAAGACCCGCGCAAGCAGGCGGCCCAACCAGCUGUGUUGAAGAGAUUACGGCCCUGGGAAGAGGAUGCUUCUCACAGGGCUGAUGUGCUCAUACGGCACUUAGACCAGGUUGGCAAGGGGCAGGGCACGGCUGGUAUCGAAAGGUGCUUGUAUGCCGACGGCGUGCUGCCGCUGUGGAGGGACCCUCAGCAUCCUCAGCUGAACGAAAGACACAAAAGACUUGCAGAGAGGUCGUCAAGGUCAAACGCAGCAAACGCAGCACCAGGACAUGACGAAAGCGGGGCUGACAAUGCUGACGCACUCAGCACCUCAUUGUCAAAAUUGCUUUCGCAUUCCGCGAAGAACAUUCGGCAGCCGGAUGUCCAACAGAGGCCUGGGCCAAAACCGUCGACAAGGCAGCCAGCAAAGUUAGCAAAUCAGGCCAGCUCGCAGGAUCCACGGCAUGCCCAGGUAUUGGUCGACAAGAAACACGCAGAGAAGAACGAGAUAAACGGCCGUCCAAGUCUACCUGCAAGGCCCGGACCAUCUGCCCUUGAAUGUCCAACAAAAUUGCCGCAGGUGGUUUCCAGCAGAGGCAUACAGAAACCAUCCGGCAGCGGCGCGUGCGCUGCAGGAAUUUAUUCACAGUCCUUCAAGAAGGUUUCUUCCGAUGCUGCAGACAAGCACAGACUGUACAGGUCGAGCCAGAGCCUGCCCACAAUCAAAGUGAAGCAACGUAGCCCCCCCGACAUACCCAUGCGCAAGUGGCGCCCCUUGUGCUAG